GACAGCAUGUUGGAAAGUGGUAAGCCUGUAUUUACACUCUACGGUCACGAUAAUCAAUCACAAUGGUCUGAAGUGCUUGCUUGUGAAUCAUCUAAUGGAGGAGUAAACUCGUUAGAUGAAAUGAAAAGCUUAAAGGCUUUUUUUUGAUAAACAUCCAAAGAUCGAAGGUGUUAUACUUACUAAUUUACAGUAUGAUCUUACUUCUUCAGAAUUUCCGGGAUAUACUGAAAAUCUGAAAACAUACCUUGAAGUGAUGAAAAAAAAGUUUCCAAAACUUGUAGUUGGCUUCUAUCUAAUCGGAGUUUCUUUAAUAGAUGAGUUUAUCAACCCUUCAGGGUUAAAAUGGUUGGAUAUUACUGUAAUAGACGCAGCUGUAGAUUUUUACGCUGUAUCUCUGGAGUUCUUUAAUCCAUGUACUGCUGACUUAAGAAAUACCGGAAUAACUCCAAUGAAUGGAUCAAAUACAAAAUAUACAUUGGAAAAUUUAAGAGAUGCCUUACAGAAGUUAUCUUUUCCAAAAGAAAAAACAUAUUUUAAAUUUAAAACGAACCCAACAUCACCUGAUGAUUCACUAACUGUUUGUGAUGUGAAUAAUGAAAAGAUGUGUGUAGAUCCAAAUGUAGCAUGUGAUUGGUGUGCAGAUACUGUAUUGUCAUAUAAUGAAAAAGGUCAAUAUUCGAAAGAAAACGGAGAAGGAUUUAUGGUACGUUACAUUGAUUUUGAUGAUCCUGAUAAUUGUUGUAACUGUGAAAAGCCAUACUCUGCGUUUUAUGCUAUGCUAGAUGGUUUUAAGGGCGUUUCAACAAAACCAUGUGAAUUAUUAAAUAGACAUUAAAAAACAACAUCAUUCAACUUUUUAC